AUCAAAAAAACUGUACCUAAUAUAAAUAUUUAUAAUAACAAAAAUAACAAUUACAUCAUACAUAAUAAGUACAUUACGUUAAUAUAUAAUAGAUAGGUUAGAAUAGGAUUAUAUUCUUUUCAUUUUACAACCGAUAAAUGAUACACGCAAGUCACUGUAUCAACUCAAAUGUAAUUAAUAGUAAUACUAUAGAAAUGAAUAUGUCGCACAAGUCAGUAGUUUCAAUAUUAAUUUUGACAUUAUUCAGUUGUACAUUUAUCCAACCAGGAAAUACCGCGAGAAUAUUAGCUAUAGAGACGUUUGCAGGAAAGAGUCAUUGGAACUUUAUGAGUGCUGUGCUUCGAGCAUUGACAGACAAUGGACACAAUGUUACAGUUUUCACGCCAUUUGUAGAGGGAAAUCGAGUAAAUUAUACAGAAAUAGACAUGUCUAGCAUGUUCAAGAUGAAAAUUGCUAUGGACGUAGUGGAGAUGAGACAACUGUUCAACGAUCAGUUUACGCCCGCUUCAUUUAUGUUGAAAUUAGGUAGACAUAGUUGCGAUGUAUUAACUAAAAACGAUCAACUAAACGACAUUUUAGCAAAUAAAUUGGAAACCGAUUUUGAUGCAAUUAUUUUUGAACCUGGAAUAAUUUCGGGUUGCUUGACAUAUCUCGGAGUAAACUCAACUCUGCCAGUGAUACACACAAGUCCAGUUCCAAUAAAUACUUACACGGAACGUAUCACUUAUGGCGAUGUCCACAACCCAGCAACGGUGUCAACAAUGUUAUUUAAAUCCGCCGUUCCCAAGACGUUCGUUCAACGGUUAACUAAUACGCUUGUUUUUUUGUACAUUAGUACGAUAAUCAGAUUUCAAGAAUUCUUACUUCAAGUAAUCGAAUCAAAACCUUACGAUUUAAGCAUCGUAACACCUCCAUCAUUGGUCUUCACGAACACUCACUUCAUAAGCGAUAAAGCUAGACCAACUCCGUCGAAUGUUGUUAGUGUCGGUGGAAUUCAUUUAAAACCACCUAAAAAAAUACCUCAGGAUAUAUUGGAUUUUAUUGAAGACUCGCCAAAUGGAGUAAUUUUAUUCACAUUUGGCUCAACAAUUGCAGUGAAUUCACUUCCAAGAAAUAUUGUAACUGCAUUUAAAGAAGCAAUAGCUCAACUUCCACAAAGAGUUUUAUUGAAAUACGAGGGAGAAAUGGAAGAUAAACCGAAAAAUGUCAUGACGAAAAAAUGGUUGCCUCAACGUGAUAUUCUUUUGCACAAAAACGUUAAGCUAUUUGUCAGUCACGGUGGAAUAUCUGGAUUAUACGAAGCAGUAGAUGCUGGAGUUCCAGUCUUAGGAUUUCCUUUAUUCGGCGAUCAGCAUAGAAACAUAGAUAAUUUAGUCGAGUCGGGCAUGGCAAUAUCAAUGGAAUUAUUUUCAGUAACUAGAGAUACUUUUUUGAAAAAUGUAUUGGAUCUUGUUAACAACGACAAAUACAUGCACAAUGCUAAAGUUGCUUCAAAAAUAUUUAAAGACCGACCAAUGUCACAGGAAAAGUCUGUUGUUUACUGGACAGAAUAUGUUAUUCGUCACAAAGGAGCACAACAUCUAAAAUCUCAAGCUCUUAAUUUAACGUGGUACCAAUACUUUUUAUUGGACGUGAUCGCCUUAAUUGUCUUAUUUAUUUUUAUUGCUGUACUGUUGGUUUUAAAAUGUCUUAAAUUUAUUUGUAAAAUGUACACAAAGAUGUAUUCAUCACACACCAAAUUAAAAUCUAAUUAAUAUA